AUGACGCGAGCUGUGCCCGUGCGCGUGGUGCUGCCGGCGUCCGUGCUGGCGCGCUCGCCCUCGCGCGCGGACGGCGUGAGCGCCGAGACCGAGCGCCUGCACCGCGCGUUCGGCUGCGAGCUGAUCCAGGAGGCGGGCGUGCUGCUGCGGCUGCCGCAGGUGGCGCUGGCCACGGCGCAGACGCUGCUGCAGCGCUUCUACUACCGCAAGUCGCUGCGCCAGUUUGACGCCUUCCGCGUGGCCGUGAGCUGCCUCUUCCUGGCCGCCAAGGUGGAGGAGAAGCCCAAGCGCAUCCGCGACGUGCUGUCCGUGUUCUACGCCAUGCUGCGGCGCCGCAAGUGGCGGCGCACCACCGUCGCGCAGCAGCUCGUGGACCUGGAGGGCGCCACGUUCGCGCAGUGGCGCAUGUGGCUCAUCAUGGUGGAGCGCCAGGUGCUCAUCGACCUGGGCUUCAGCGUCUACAACGUGGCGCAGCACCCGCACAAGUUCGUGCUCUACUACGUCAAGGUGCUGGACGGCAGCCCACAGCUGGCGCAGCAGGCCUGGGGCUACAUCAACGACAGCCUGCGCGCGGACCUGUGCGUGCGCUACAGCGCGCAGGUCAUCGCGUGCGCCGCCAUCUUCCUGGCCAGCAGGUUCCAGCGCGUCGCGCUGCCCGAGCGCCCGCCCUGGUACCAGCUCUUCGACGUGGACCAGGCGCAGCUCUACGCGGUCAGUGUAGCCAUCAUGGAGCUCUACAAGCAGCCCAAGAUCGAGUGGCUCGAGCCGCUGACGGAGACGAAUCCGUUCGCGGUGGACGACCAUCCGCUCGAGGAGGAGCAGGAGGGGGAGCCCAAGGCUGUGGACACGAAGGGAGAGGCCGAGAUGGAGGUCUCGCCCCAGGAACCGUCGUCUUUUGCGAGUGCAGAGGCAGAGGCUGCAGCUUCGACGCCUGCUGCGGAGAAUACCGGUACUUCUCAGGAGGUUAAGGAAGCCUCUACGUCAUCGGCAGCAGUGGAAGGCUCUGAACGAAGAAGUCGCUGGGACGACGCGAAGACCAAGACUCAACGAGCGCGAAGUCGCAGCCCGGAGGCGCUCUCUCGCUGUCUCUCAAGAGAGAGGGAUCACAGAAGACGCGACACUUCUCGUAGAGAAAGAGAGCGAUCGCGGGGCUAUCGACGACGUAGUCGGAGUCGAUCGGCGGAUCGAUCGAGGAGCAGUCGAAGUCGGAGACGCCGCAGUCGCAGCUACAGUCGUAGUCGAAGUCGCAGCCACGAUCGCCAUAGACGGCGGAACUGA